AUGGACGUCUGCAUUGUAACUGAUUUUGCUGUAACAACCCUAUGCUGUGGCUUGGGAAGAGGAAAAUAUUCCCUCAUUAAGAAACUCAUUAAUUUAACCAAAAAUCAAAAUGGAUACAUUUGUUUAGUUAUAUUGUUUGUCUGUAAGCUGAUAGACUCAAAUGCUGAAAACGAUUUUAAUCAAAUUGAUUCACCCACAAUUAUUGAUACAUUGACCUUUCCUUUAGUGAUAGAUGAACUAGAUUUACCACCCAGAAAUCAACAACUCCCUAUCAAAGAGCAUCCAAAAUAUGAAAGUUUACAUUCAUCAAAUGUAGUCACACAACAAGAAGACAAUUCUCGUCAGACUACUCGUAAAUCUAGAUAUCUCGACAAACAGAAUGAACAAAGUGAAUUUAAUUAUUCACUUUUUGAAGUUGGUGAAUCUGCCUGUCCAAAUGUUUAUUGUUAUGCAAAACGUCAAUCUUUGACUAAUGAACUCAUGUUCGACUGUAAAACACAAUUAUCUGAACUUGACAAUAAGGAUACAAUGAUUGGUUGUCAUUUUUGGCGAGUACCAUCACCAGGUACAGAUACAAAUCAUCCACUUCAGUCGAAACGACAUGGUCAAGGAUUUGAUCUACGCAUUGUUCUGCAACCGGCUACAGUUGGUGCUGAAGAAGUUUCCAAAACAAAUGGAAUUAAAAGACUUCGUAUUGGCCAGUUAAAACCAGGUAUACUGGAAUGGAUUGUUCAGAUGGUACGAUCAAGUUCGAAGAUGACAUUGAGUCCGGUUCAUUUGACAAUAUCAUUUAUUUAUUUUAAAAAUCUUGGUCGUAACGACUUAGGCAAUCUUCCUACUAAAUCACAUGUGACACGUUUGAGCUUAUGGAAUCCUUUCAGUUGGGAUGAGGAUAGCUUCAUACCUUUUAUAGACCAGAAAUCAGAAUCUUUAACUGAUGGAGUAUAUACAACAAACAUACCACCUUACUUCCGUCUUUCCAUAUUUUGCGAUUAUGAAAAUCAAAACUCAUCAUUUAAGCGUUUAUGGUUCCCAUGGAAAAGUUGGCAGCUACGUCUGAGUCACUGCUCAGAUCUUUACGUUUGUAGAUUGUGGUAUGGUAAAUACCCUAUAUGUGACACGAAAUAUACCAGUAACAAUAAUGAUAUACCCAUGAAAACCUUUGUGCCAUCAUAUUUCAUCUCACCAAAGUCACUGUUGAAUACAUCUCACUUCACGAGACAAGAGACUGGUAUGCAAAUUUUAUACAACAAUCAAUGUCAACUUGAACCUGAUCAGUCAGAUCCUGUCGGUGACUUGAAGUUAGAUCAUCGUGGUCAUUGCUGGAAAACAGAUGCAUAUAAAGCUGCUUUGGAUAGGGGUAUGACCAAGACUAUUGUGCCGAUAGUAGUUACAGUGCCAACAACUCCUUUUAUCAGUACAACAACUUCAACUGUUCCAUUAUCCGUCAUGACAUCAGAAAUUGUUGUUUUAUCCGCUUCGCAAACAACCACGGAGGCUCCUGUUUCUACUAGUCCAGCAACAGCUACUACUACGACUGUUACUGCUAAUACCAAUACUACAACUGCUACCAUUACUACUACUUCUACCACUAAUACUGCUGGCGAAUUGAAAACUGAUCCCCCCAUGUUGUCAAAAUCUUCUGCAGAUAGCUUAAAGCCAGUGCCUGCUAAUUUAUUAUCUCAAGAUAAAGAGAUAAGUAGUGAAUCUGCUAAAGACAUCUCUGAUUUCAAAUCAGACUCAAACAAUACAAGUAAUGCUGCUAUUAAUCAAGAUAAACCAAUCAAAGAGACCUUAUCAAUUGAACAUUUGACCAUUGGAUUAAUUCUACUCGGCAUUGUGAAUAUACUACUACUAUUCUGUUUCAUUAUGUUAGUAUUGUGGAUACGACGAAGAACUCGAAAGAACUUAAAACAUCAAUCCAGCAAAUUAAGAGAGUUUGAUAAAUUUUACCAAGAUUUCACAGGGAUUGAUGUUACUGGUAGUAAUGGCAUUUACGAAACCAGUCAGUAUCCAUUAUUAAUAUCAAGUAUCUCAGGUACCUAUCUAUCUGAAUCGCAUCCAAAAUUGAAUGUUCGGCAUAAUUCAUUUCCUAAUAGUUCUUUAUCACGUUCACAGAAUUCUGACACAUUUUUACCAAUCAGAAAUAGCAAUAAUAAUACUAGUACCAAUAGUAACAAUUAUAACCCUGACAACAGUAAUCAAAGUCAGCAGCAUUUAUUAGGUCGAUCAACAUCUUACUCAAGUACUGUAUGGAAUGGAUCAUUAAGAAAUGGUUUGAAUAAAUGUAGUGCUAAUGAAAAUACGUCAGUAUUGAGUAAAAUGAAUCGUACUCACAGUAAAGAUAGGUGGGAUUAUCCAUCGAAUGGCUUUCCAGCUGAAUAUAAUCAUCACACUUCAUCAACUCCAUAUUCAAGUCGACAACAGCUUCAAUCCAUCAAUUCUUAUCCAUACCGUCGUGAUGAGAUAAAUGUUCAUCACAACCUUUUAUCCUCCGAUGCCAUCUACAUCUUCAACUGCUGUUAUCGCAGCUGA